AUGGUGCAAUUAUCCCUAGUAAUAGUCCUGCUGGUGGGGGCCGUUGUCGGGAGCCGAGCUCAAAACACGGUCCUACGCGACACAUUACGAGGCGAGUUCCCAUCGGUGGUGAACGUUAAAACCCCUAGAGUCGAUCAAGAGUGCCUCGGUGUGGUGAUCAACGCGAACCAUGUCCUGACGGCAGCUUUCUGCGUGAUAAACGACGCAGGGACACACAUCUUCGCCACUCGGUUGGUGCGUGUCCUGGCGGGUGACAUUGUGCUAGCUCCUGCUACCAUCACGCGACAGGUGCGCGAUGUUUCGCACAUUUUCGUGCACGAAAACUAUCGGCCACAUCUGUUCGAGAACAAUCUCGCCGUCAUUCGUCUUCACGCACCCUUCCAUCUGCCGAGCAACGCCAUUGAGCCGGUGUACAUUCGCAAUCGCAUCGUCGCCGACAACAGCGAGUGUGACAUUGUCAGAUGGCUCCGGCCAGUUGCUGGACAACCGCCUCCAGCUACACCGGAAAUUCCGCGCCAGCAGGCACUUAACGCAUACGUUCUCAAUCGGGACGCGUGUGGUACCACGCGACGCGUGCAGGAGAGCAUGAUUUGUAUGCGACCGAGCACCGCCAACUAUCCCACUAUUCAGGGUGAUUUGAUGUUCUGCGACCGGGAGCUGGUGGGCGUCAUGUCGUUCUAUUUCACGGACCCACAGCAGCAGACGCAACCUAACUUGGUCUUUACGCAGGUGCGCUUCCACACCCACUGGAUACAUAAUCAGCUGAAUCGAACGCAACCGAUGCCACCGGGCUGGAAUCCGCUGGAGUGA